GCUCCUCUUUAAUCAGUGACGGGAGGGAGGCGGGCCGAGGCGCUGACUGUAAUGCGAUAGCUGCUCCGCUCUAAUGCUAUUACAUGCACAAGCUGCCGCAGCGCUUCUCGUAGACUCGGCUCGCGAGCGCAGUGGAGGACGGACGUGUCGAAGAGAGCGGUGGUUGUGCAGAUAGACCGAGAGCCGUAGCACGCUGCCGAUACUUUCUAAACCAAGGCGAACUUGAUCCCGGAUUCGCCAUAUGGAAGAUCAACUCCGGCGCUUUUAACCGUACUGCUCCGUUCGUCUGUUUAUUUCAUGUUAUGCCAACAAAGUAAAAGAACAGGAUAAGGGAGAGAAGGCGACCGAGUAAAACAUCUCCAGGCGCUGGAAUUGGUGGUAGCCGAAAGCCACAUUUCGUGCUUUAGCUGGAGAAAAAUCGUCAAUCCGGUGGACGCAUAAAUAACUGCGGAUCUACAGAAUCUGGAAAGAUGUUAUUCUGAACACGCCGUUUCAUGGUGUAAUGCGUAAAAGCAAAGUUAUUUAGCCGUUCGACUUAUUUUACUUACUUUUUAGAAUUAUUUGCGCCACGGUAAAUCGGCAUGCCGUAUUUGGCUAUUUUGAAAUGCUGCCUGAACCGAGAUUAAAUUUAACCAAUUGUCUGUGAAGAAAAAGGUGGAAGAAACAGUGUUCGCGUUUCUCAGCCCAAAAUUUAAGCCAUUUCUGUCGUUCGAUAAGGGAAACAUAUACUUGACAGAGAGGAGACUUUGACAGCAACAACUUCUCCAGAAUUAAAGGGUGAAAACACCCAACAAGAUGGAUAUAUUCACGUCGCUGUUUGGAUUCUUAUUGGCAUUUUGUAUAACAUCAAGAGCGCGCGGACAAGAUGCGGAGCCGUGCGGGGGCCAGCUGGACGCCAGCGACGCCGGGUACAUCACCUCCCCCGGGUACCCCCACGAGUACCCGCCCCACCAGAACUGCCAGUGGGUGAUCACCGCCCCCGAGCCCUCCCAACGCAUCGUCCUCAACUUCAACCCCCACUUCGAGCUGGAGAAACUGGACUGCAGGUAUGACUUCAUCGAGAUCCGGGACGGAAAUUCGGACGGCGCCGACCUGCUGGGGAAGCACUGCAGCAACAUCGCCCCGCCCGCCAUCAUCUCCUCCGGGCCCGUGCUCCACAUCAAGUUCGUCUCCGACUACGCCCACCAGGGGGCGGGCUUCUCGCUGCGCUACGAGAUCUUCAAGACAGGUUCGGACUUCUGCUCCCGGAACUUCACCAGCCUGUCGGGCGUCAUCGAGUCCCCCGGCUUCCCGGACAAGUACCCCCACAACCUGGAGUGCACCUUCAUCGUGGUGGUGCCCCCGCGCAUGGACGUCACCCUCACCUUCCUCACCUUCGACCUGGAGAACGACCCCCUGAUGGUCGGGGAGGGCGACUGCAAGUACGACUGGCUGGAGGUGUGGGACGGCCUGCCACAGGUGGGACCUCUGAUUGGACGCUACUGCGGCACUAAGAUCCCGCCUGAAAUCCAGUCCUCCACGGGCCUCCUGUCUCUCACCUUCCACACGGACAUGGCCGUGGCCAAGGACGGCUUCUCCGCGCGCUACAACAUGACGCACAGGGAGGUCAGCGACACCUUCCACUGCAGCAGCCCGCUCGGCAUGGAGUUCGGCAGGAUCUCGGACGACCAGAUCUCCGCCUCCUCCUCCUUCUACGACGGCCGCUGGUCCCCCAGGCAGGCCCGGCUCAACAACGACGACAACGGCUGGACCCCCAGUGAGGACAGCAACAAGGAGUACCUGCAGGUGGACCUGAACUUCCUCAAGGUGCUGACGGGGAUCGCCACGCAGGGCGCCAUCUCCAAGGAGACGCAGAAGUCCUACUACGUCACCACCUUCAAGCUGGAGGUCAGCACCAACGGCGAGGACUGGAUGGUCUACCGGCACGGCAAGAACCACAAGGUGUUCCACGCCAACACGGACCCCUCGGAGGUGGUUCUGAACCGGAUCCCCCAGCCGGUGCUGGCCCGCUUCGUCCGGAUCCGACCGCAGGCCUGGAAGACCGGCAUCGCCCUCCGCCUGGAGCUCUACGGCUGCCAGAUCACAGACGCCCCCUGCUCCGAAAUGCAGGGCAUGCUGUCCGGCCUGCUCCCGGACUCCCAGAUCUCUGCCUCCUCCGUGCGGGACAUCCACUGGGCGCCCGGGUCGGCCCGCCUGGUGGCCAGCCGGUCCGGGUGGUUCCCCAGCCCCGCCCAGCCCGUGGCCGGGGAGGAGUGGCUGCAGGUGGACCUGGGGGCGGCCAGAACGGUGCGGGGCGUGAUCACGCAGGGGGCGCGCAGCGGGGAGGGCGGCACCAGCGCCGAGAACCGCGCCUUCGUCAGGAAGUACCGCGUGGCGCACAGCCUGAACGGCCGCGACUGGACCUCCAUCGUCGACGGCAAGAGCGGCCUGCCCAAGGUGUUCGAGGGGAACACGCACUACGACACCCCGGAGAUCCGCAGGUUCGACGAGAUCCCGGCGCAGUUCGUCCGGAUCUACCCGGAGCGGUGGUCCCCAGCGGGGAUCGGCAUGAGGCUGGAGGUGUUGGGCUGUGAACUGCCUGAAACCACCUCCCUCCCCAGCGUGGUGACGCCCACGCCCACCCUGCCCCGCCAGGCGGAGAGCACCGCCCUGAAGGUGGAGCUAACUCCUGCCACCCCCCCUUCCCCUCUGAGCGGCCUGUGCGACUUCGAGCACAGCCUGUGCGGGUGGAACCACGACCCCUCCGCCCACCUCAACUGGUCCCUGCACAGCGGGACCACGGCCGCCGGGUCGGGCCCCAGCCAGGACCUCGCCCUGGGCUCCGACGAUUUCGGGAACUACCUGUACAUCGAGGCCAGCCCCAAGCUGGAGAGGCGGCGGGCGCGGCUGGUGAGCCCGGAGGUGGGGCCGGAAACGGGACCCAUCUGCCUGCUGUUCUCCUACCAGCUCCGGGGCGAGGGGCUGGGCACCCUGCGGAUCCUGCUGCGGGACACGGACCAGGAGGAGACCCUGCUCUGGGCCCUGAGGGGCGACCAGGGCCCCGCCUGGAAGGAGGGCCGCACCAUCCUGCCCCGCUCCCCGAAAGAGUUCCAGGUCGUCAUGGAAGGGUUCUUCGACCACGGCAACCGGGGUCACAUCUGGAUGGACAACAUCCACAUGAGUUCCACAACGCCGCUCGAAGAAUGCACGCAACCCUUUGCUGCCUUCCCUCCAGACAUGACCGAUCAGAGGCCGGUGGACUUCGGAGAGGAGCGGCACGUCAAGAGCAGGGGCAGGAUCAACGAAGCGUUCCCCUUCCUGGAGUGGAGCACCCCCGGGCCCACCUCUGACCCCCCCGUGACCCGGGUGUCGGAGAAGGACAACUCCUGGCUGUACACGCUGGACCCCAUCCUGGUGACCAUCAUCGUGAUGAGUUCCCUGGGCGUCCUGCUGGGGGCGGUGUGCGCGGGCCUCCUCCUCUACUGCACGUGCUCCUACGGCGGCCUGUCCUCGCGCAGCUCCACCACGCUGGAGAACUACAACUUCGAGCUCUACGACGGCAUCAAGCACAAGGUCAAGAUCAACCAGCAGCGCUGCUGCUCGGAGCCCUGAAGGGGGCGCUGCAGGAGAGAGGAGAGGCCGCCGUGCUUGUGUCGCUGUGCGUCCGCUCGCCCCCCAACGGCGGGAAAAGAAACCAACGAACAAAAAACAAAAACAAAAAAAAAAACAAACUCCUCCCCCUCCCAAACUCCUCCUCCCACAUUUGUAUCUCUCCCUUUCCUGUGGACGAGCGGCGGUCCGUUGGAAGGCGGGCCAAGCCGCCACCCUCACACGCACUGACCCCCAACCGCUGCUGGACUGGAGCCCUGCUUUCGGACCCGGAGCCACGGGUGGAAAACCAUUAGGAGCCGGUCUCGGGGGGGGGGGGCUGCUCUACGGGUGCUCCGAAUUUAAAAGAUAAAAUAAAAUAAAAAAAAUAUCAAAACAUAUCAAUUUAAUGCCUAUCCCAAAAACAAACAAAAAAAAUGAUAUACAAAUAUAGAUUUUUAAAGAUCUACUUUUUAAACAGGUGACAUAAGUUAGAAACGAGUGACGCUAGGACUUCGUAGACGGGUGGUGACUUGUCGAAACUUUUUCUCCUUUUGCGUGAAAACAGUGGCCUAGGUUUCUGUUACUUUUGUGGACUGUUUUAGUUUUAGUUUUAGACCAGUGCAUCUGUGACAGACCUGCUUCAGUUCUUCAGCUUCAGCCCCUGUUGUCAUCUGUGCUAUUUUUUUCGCAAUAACUCUCUUGUGCGUCGACUGCCACAGUCUUCUUCCUCUUUAGUUCAGAGUGUUUGUAAUAUUCAAUGUUUUGUUUUACGGACUGUUGCCAGUCUUAAAAAGAAAGAAGAAGAAGAAGAAAAAAAUAACAGUAUUUUGCCUAAAAAUUAGGGGACAAGAUAUUUGAUUCUGUAAGAUAGAUUUAGUCAAAGGAUUGUCUUUGGUGUUUCAUUUUUAUUUGACGGAAGGAAAAAAAACAAAAUGCACAGCGAAACGCUGCGUUGUGACCUGUGAAGCUUACUUCAGCGCAGCCUGUGGAUUGCAGAGAGCUGGAGGGGGGGGGCGGGGGACAACGAAAUACGUUCGUCGCGUACGGCCAACAUACGCGUCAGAAAUUGGAGGGAAACGGCCCUCUCGCGAUGGCGGAGAGACAGGCGUCUACGACUCUACCAGCACCAGCUCUCUGUGUGCCACAGGAAGGACCUCGAAAAAAACAAAGAGACAAA